GGGGCAAGUGCACUUCAGCUUGCUCUCCCAUUUCUCACUUUCAAGCUUAAGCCUCCAGCCUCAGUAAACAUGAAUUUCAAUGUGACUCCCGUCGAGGCUGUCACUCGCGAAUUUCUCGCUGUCGUAUUGGCAGGUUUUGGCAACGAAUUAUUGCCAUUGACAAGUGAGCAUGGUGAAGAACCAUGUCCAAAGGCAUUGCUACCUAUCUUCAAUAAACCGAUGCUGGAUUAUCCACUGUCGUGGCUGGAGCAAUCAGGCAUUAAAGACGUAUUACUGAUAUGCCCUUCCUCUCAUCGGGCCGCUAUAUCACAUUAUAUACACUCCGAUUCCACAACAACUUCAUUUGCAUCCUUACGCAUCGAUCUACAGCCAUUCGACGAAUCACAAGACCUCAGUAGUGGAACGUGCUCCCUACUAAAACACUUUGCCAGCCGGAUACAGGACGAUUUCGUUCUACUGCCAUGCGAUUUCAUACCUCCUCCUUCUCUACCCCUCUCGAAACUUCUCAACAAAUUCCGCACGGAGAGUGCGACUGAUGGUGCCAUUGCCACGACUUGUUGGUUCGAAGCUCAACGUACAGGAUCUAGUCCAGACGAAUGGGGGGCCUCUUUUCCCUCUCCUUCAAUCGUGUGGGAUGAGGUGACCGGUACACUACUGCAUGUCGAUGUUCCCGAUGGAACCGAUCACCGCGGGGAGUUGGAAUUACGCAUGGGUCUUCUUACUAGUUAUCCGCGAGCGAAGCUAUCGUCGAAAUUCCACGAUUCACACGUUUAUGUCUGUAAAAGAGCAGUCCUGGACGUUCUUUUGCAAAAACAUCAUUUCGACUCACUUCGCGAAGACUUCUUUCCUUGGUUAUGCAAAAUUCAAUACCAAAACACCAAGCGAAUAAAAUACGGUCAUGCCCUGGGUGCGUUGGCUGAUUCGAUAUCAAAUUCGAUAUCUAUGAAGCACUCUACACUACAUACAAAUGUGUACGCGAAGAUCAAGUUAACUACUCUCGAACCUCGAACAUCAGAAUCAUCACCGCAGCAAAGUAGAAUCGGCCUAUCGAUGCCAUCGUCGCCCGCAGAAUCCGACAUCGAUCAAUCUAUCACCAGCAGUCUCCGUAUAGGGGUCAUUAUCCAUCGGGCGGAAAAUGGUUUCACGUUAAGGGCGAACAAUUUGGGAUCAUACCUGGAUGUUAAUCGACACUUCCUCACAAGCACUUCCUACUCGCUCCCAUCGGAGCCUCAGAAAAGGGCCCUCAUCGACCAGAAAGCGAACAUCUCUUCAGAUUCUGCGAUAGGCGACUUCACUCGCGUCGAAGAGAAGACAAGCAUCAAAAGAUCAAUAGUUGGGAGCCACUGCGUGAUCGGAAAGAUGGUCAAAAUUGUUGGAUGUGUACUUUUGGACCAUUGCGUCAUAUCAGAUGGUGCUAAGUUAGAGGGAUGUAUUUUGGGGAAAAACACGACGGUUGGAGUCAAAGCUGAACUGAUCCGAUGUGUUACUCAAGCUGGUUAUGAAGUUGAAGAAAACGGAUCCUAUCGCAAUGAAAAGCUCGAUGUAGCAGAUUGGGCAGCAGGCCCUGAAGACAGUAGUAGUGAUGAAGAUGACGAUGAAGAUGAAGAGGAGGACGAGGAGGAUGAAGAUGAAGAUGAGAGCGAAGAGUCUGAAACUUAGAAGAUUUGGUACCAUCAUCAAGGUGUCGCAGCGUACUUUAUCGUCGAAAAUAUCUGAAAGAGCCGCUUGCUAGCAAUUAUAGAAAUUAUUUAAAACCUUACGCGAUAUCGAAUCUU